UUCAACAAUACGCUAAAAAGAAGCUGAUAAACCCUAUAAUUAAGACCCUAAAUCCCAUUCUUUAAACCAUCUGAUUCAUCUCUCUAUUUAAUUAUCAUCUAUCCAUCUCCCUCUAUAUAUAUUCACUCAGCCAUAUUGUUACAGGAUGCAAAAAACAAAAUCUAUGAAGUACAGUGAGAUAUCCCACUUCAGCCAUCCUCAGCACCCUCUGAAGUUUGAGUACUCAGAGUCUCCAUUCAAGUGCGACGGAUGUAAAGAAGUAGGGAUUGGGUCGCGAUACAAAUGCACCAAAUGUGAUUUUGAUCUCCAUAUGCAUUGUGCCAUACCUUCUGCAACGAUCUAUCACCCAUUCUACACCAAAUGUUCGUUCCAGUUCCUGUCGCGACCCCCAGGUGACAAGCCUCGUUAUUGCAAUGCUUGUGAAAGGGAUGUGAGUGGGUUCGUUUACCACUGCAAAGAUUGUGGAUUUGAUCUUCAUCCAUGCUGUGCAAAGUUGCCUAUGGUUCUUGAUGAUGGAGAAGUUAAGCUUUAUUUGUACAGGAAAGUUAGUGCAACAUGUCAUAAAUGUGGACGUAAAGGCAGAAGUUGGAGCUAUAGGUCAUCGUGCAAGAAGUAUAAUUUGCAUGUUGCCUGUGUUAAGGAUAUGUUGGUGGAGAAUUGGUCUGAGCUUUAUCUUGGCCGUAACCAUUCUUAUGAUAAUCAUUAUUAUGGGAAGGGUAGUUAUUAUAAUGGUAAUAAUACUAGUUAUGGUAGUAGGAAAGCGGAGAUGCAUAGAAUUCCUAGCCUGAAAAAUGUACUCCAAUCUCAUCAUCAUAACAAGAGUAAGAGCAGUAAGGUGCAGAAAUGUUGUGAAAUGGCUGGACUUGCUGUGCAAUUUGUCGUCUCCGCCGUGCUCGGUGAUCCCACCACUCUUAUUGCUGGUGUUAUUGGGUCUUUGAUUUCUAGAGGCUGAUGGUGUGCAAAUUAGGGUUGAUUAAUUAAUAGAAAAAUGGAAUAUUUGGUUAGGUUAAUCGUAAUAUUUAGAUUUUUAGUAUUAUUAGUGUCUCUGAAAGGAAUGUUGGACUCUUUAUGGAUAAAAAAAAAGAAAAAAGAAAAGGAGUCCAUGCCUCUUAUGUGAAUAAAUUCUUCUCUAUUUUAUGCUCUUA